CGGAGGUCUCUGGGCCGAGGCGGCGGCAGCUCCUCCGGCUCCACCAUGUCCGCGGGGAGAGACUUCGGGACUCUGCGGAGGAAAUUCAAGCCGGCGUUCCUGCGGGCGCAGAGCGGACAACCCGCUUUAAACUGGCCAUCCAAACCUUGGGGCUGUCCCAGGAGCCACUUAGUUCAGAGGUCGUACUGAGUGGCCAAGCCAGCACGGAGGAGGGGACUGAGGGGACCUGACACCAGCAUUGGACAGGCUCCUCCUGAGCCUGGACCACCUUCACGUUCACCAUUAGAUGCUGGAUGGCUCGGAGGCAUCAGGACCUUGCUCUGGAACGUUUUCUUUGAGUGAAUGCCUGAGUAUUGCCACAUUUGGACCAGAGCCUAGAAGAGGACUUGGCACACUUGAAGCCAGCAUGAUGGCAGCAGCUGUGAUGAACAAGAAAGCACCACAGGUUUACUUUCUGAUCUAGCAGACAGUUCAGGAUACACAGGCCAAGGAUGAAUCUUCACCGUGGCAGUGAGAGUGACAGGUUAUUGUGGCAGGAGGCCAGCUGCCUAACGGAUGAAGCCUCAGCUGCGGCCCAAGAAAAAGAAGCAAAUAGCCUGGCUUCCUCUGGUCUUCAAAAUCUUACUUACCCUCUGGGUCCCAGAAAUGAUGAGCUUUCACUUGACUAUGCCUCUCAGCCAGCGAAUCUUCAGUUCCCUCACAUCAUGCCACUUCCGGAAGACAUCAAAGGCUCUUGCUUCCAAAGUGGGAAUAAACGGAACCACGAACCCUUUAUCACUCCAGAACGAUUUGGAAACAGCACUGUGGGCUUUGGCAGUAACGUUCAUUCCCAGGCGCCAGAGAAAGUGACGCUUCUUGUAGAUGGCACACGUUUUGUUGUGAAUCCACAAAUUUUCACUGCUCAUCCGGAUACCAUGUUGGGAAGGAUGUUUGGACCAGGAAGAGAAUACAACUUCACGAGGCCCAACGAGAAGGGCGAGUAUGAGAUUGCGGAAGGAAUCAGUGCCACUGUAUUUCGAACAGUGCUGGAUUAUUACAAAACUGGUAUCAUUAAUUGUCCUGAUGGCAUCUCUAUCCCAGACCUUAGGGAUACAUGCGAUUAUCUCUGCAUUAACUUUGACUUCAACACUAUCCGAUGUCAAGAUCUGAGUGCUUUAUUGCAUGAACUGUCUAAUGACGGUGCUCACAAGCAGUUUGAUCACUACCUCGAAGAGCUGAUCCUGCCCAUCAUGGUCGGCUGUGCCAAGAAAGGGGAGCGAGAGUGCCACAUCGUCGUGCUGACGGAGGAGGAUUCUGUGGACUGGGAUGAAGACCACCCACCACCUAUGGGGGAAGAAUAUUCCCAAAUUCUUUAUAGCUCCAAACUCUACAGAUUUUUCAAAUAUAUUGAGAAUCGGGAUGUCGCUAAAACAGUGUUAAAGGAACGGGGCCUAAAAAACAUUCGCAUUGGAAUCGAAGGUUAUCCUACCUGUAAAGAAAAAAUUAAGAGGAGACCUGGUGGCCGGUCUGAAGUGAUCUACAAUUACGUGCAGCGCCCUUUUAUCCAGAUGUCGUGGGAAAAGGAAGAAGGAAAGAGUCGUCACGUGGAUUUCCAGUGUGUUCGAAGCAAAUCCCUCACUAAUCUGGUAGCUGCUGGAGAAGAUGUCUUGGAGGACCAAGAGAUAUUAAUGCACCACCCACCUCAAGUGGAUGAACUUGACCGGCUAAAUGCCCCACUUUCUCAGAUGGCUUCUAACGACUUUCAGGAUUAGGGCCAGCUGUGGGCCACCCCUCUGCGGAGCUUUUCUGUCUGGGAUGCCCACAGCUGACCUCCCCCAUGGUUUGUGUCACCCUGAGUAGGAGACAUGCUUCUCCCCAGUCCUUUCCCUUUCUCCCGUAAUUAAUGUGUGUCCUUUUCACUAAGUCUGUGCCUCUGGCAGGAGACGAAAAAGCACUCACUGGUAAUUAAGCUACCAGCUUUGCAGAGGCCCUGGUAACUUGAAAAUUUUGGGUCUGGUGCUGUUCACUGAGUCUUUGCAUAACUGCAGAAGCAGGAAAGGAAGUCAAGACUCCUGUUGCCUCAUACUCAGCAAAGCAGUCUCCAUCCUUUACAUGCUGUUCUUGGCUUUUGUUUUGUUUUGUACCAGGCAAAUUACUUAGCAGCAAAGGGACCAAACUUAAAAGGAGACAAUCUCUAUCUUCUACAAGCAGGUAUGGAUGGGAUGCCCAUUAGAGGUUAAUGAAGAUGCCAUUCCUGGUGGCCUCUGUGCCCAGAUUGCAUCUGGGAAGAACUAGGCUCUCAUUCAAAAUGUCCGAAAGGAAAUUCUUAAGAGCUUAAAUUCAGUUUUGUUUUUCAUUAUUACAGUGAACAAUCCAAAACCUCAGAUUCUUUGACAGGAAUGUCUUAACAAUGUUUAUGAAACCUUUUUAGCUUCAAGGUUUCUGAGCCUAAACAAACUGAUUUAUUCACUUGGAAUGAAAUUUACAACUGAAACAGAAAAACUCCCACUCAGGCCACUUGGAUUAUCCUGGUUUAGAAUCUGGUACGAAGCAUACGUCUUCCCCUAGGGCAGCACACUGCUGUGACUAGGAGACCUUAGAUAAUGGCUUUUAAAAGCUUCCAAGAGGAGCAAAAUUUUCUCACCAGUGCUGUUUCUCAGUGGAAAGAUUAAUAAGAGCUUGGUGGGUGGGGGAUGGCAUGGAGGAUGAAUCUGGGUAGGGAAAAGUCGCCUGCCCAGGCUUUGUUCCGAUGCAGGACUUUUUGUUGUAUAUUCUUUUCAUACUAUGGAGUUUUUUUAGAUAGUGGGAUAUUUUAAUUUUUGAAAUAGCCUGUCAGCCACUCACACUGGGUAAGAAAACCAUACUAAUGUCAUUGAAGGGAAUUUAGGCCUAGUAAUUUUAUUGUCUGUCAGCUCUGUGUUAACAGUGCACGAUGUGUGACAGCCCAGACCACUCUCCACUCCUCCCAGUACUGAACCACCUUCCGUGAUGUCCCCAUGGCUGUUAACAGCAGAGCUAAAUUUAGUCUAGAGCCAGAUGUAAGUAUCUUGAGAUUUUCUAUUUAACGGUAGAGGGUUGGCCUUCCAGUCACCUACUCUGAGCAUUUACUCAUCACAGAUUACAAAGCAGCACAUAGUUUCCUUCAAGUUCUUUAAAAUAAGAACAUGACUGUUUUUUUUUUAAUUUCAUUUCCAUAGGAUGCUGUAGGGUGAGCUACUUGAUGCCACUUUCUGACUACCCUAGUCAGUCCUCCAAAGGCAAAUUCAGAUGGUUGUUGAUAGCUACUCUUUCCAGGCUGGAAGAGCAAGAAUGUUCUUAAGAAGUGUAUUCUCUGUGCAGAGGGCCAGGGCCAGCAUCACAGGGGACAUCAACGCUCUGUUACUUACUCAGAAAAAGUAGUAGUAAGGGGUUAAACUGAGCUAUCCCCCACCUACAGAAUUAUUCUCAUUAUCACUGGCAUCCAUUUGUAAGACUGAGGGCCAGCGUUACAGUUUAGGGUUAGUAUUAUUUUGUAGCCAGAGGGGUAGUUUUAUUUCUGUGAAAUGAAUUGGCUCAUAUUUGAGGUCAGGUUUAGCUUUGACUUUACCGUUACUACAUUCACACCCACUAGUAGUUGACCAGCCCAGAUACUUGUUGAAUGGUGCUUCCUUUAUGCUGAUUUUCGGUUGACUUCCACACCGUCACAAAGGAAACUUGAGUUAACUUUUAUGUAGUCUAUGAUAAGUGUGUAAUUUUUGUUAUACAGCUUAUAUGUUAACAUUUAAUAUGUAACAUGCCUCAGCUAACACUCUAAUUAGUCCUUGCUUAGAUAAAAAGCCAGGUAUGAAAAGAUGGCAUGCAUUUAACACUUUGUUCUGUUAAUGAUUUUCCUUAGGCUUUAAAGAACUUAAGGUGUUUUCCCCCCCGAACUGGGUUGAUCUGCUUUCGGCCCCAACCCUUGGGGUUUGCAUGAACUGGAAAUCUGUGGAGGUAAACCUGCCGCUGUCACCAGGUGGUGGUGACUGAGGGAGAAGCUGGGUGCACAGGUUCCUUCUGGUGGAGAGGGAGGUUUCUUCUGCACCCCACACCCUCCCAGCCUGGAGCUCAGCAUCCCUGUAAUUUGGUGGCUCCUGUCAGCCACAGCUGCUUUGUUCCCAAGGUCAGGACAUUCCACGGUGGCAGAACCUCUCAGUUCUCACAGGGACAAGAGCUGGGUUGUAGUCAUUCCCUUCAGAGUCAGUUACUGGCCAGCUGGGCAAGAGGUGUUUCUAAUAAAGGUGGAACUCAGGUUUGGUGUUUUUUCUAAGUGCCUAAAUAAGUAAGCCAGGCUGUUUAUAUAGAAACAUUUUCAUAAGUGUCUAGGUAAAACCAUUUGAUCUUAUUCAGAGGUAUCUAUCCCAGCAAGCCAAGAUAAACCUGAAUGUCAGGUUUAGAAAAUGAGUUUGUGUCUCCAUAUCACAUAUAGUUGAUUAGGAAACAUUUGCUAUUGAGUUGGGAGCAGGCAAGGAGAGUGUUAAAGUGUGUCUGGUGAGACUACUUAAUAGUUUCUCCACAGUGGAGGGAAAGGUAUUAAAAGAAUGACAGCAAAAAGGGUAAGGAAGCUAGAAAGUAACUGGACUUACUGCAUGAUAUGCAAUAGCCAAUAUUAUUUUGAACUAAAUUCCAAGAGAACAGCGUGGUGCCUGAUGUAUGCAGGUGUAUAGACAUACUGUGGAGUAAGCCCGGGGGGGACGGAUAUAUUUGCAAGUAGUGUUCUAGCGGGUGUUCUGUAAGUAAAAGCAAUCAGCACAGGCUUUGAAUUGUCAGAGCACAAUGGGGAGACUUUAUCCAGUAAUAGUCGACAUAAAGUUAAGAAUCAAGGGGUGUUAGCAAUUUAUUCAAUGCUACUUCUUGCCAUCAUCGUGAAAUUGUUAAACUGGGCAUAAUGACUUCAGAAAGCAAACCUGAUGCCUUGCCUGUAUGGGUGAUGGAGCCACGUUCGUGCCCUGGGUGGGAUCACCUCUGCAGGAGAACAUUACAUUUCCUUAAAGGCAAAAUGCUUAUAGGUUUUGCCUCUUUACUUUGUAUUACUUUUAAAGUUGCACUUGUUCACCUACCAGUGUUUACGAAAUCCUAUAUUUGGGAUGCUUUUUCUAUAAUAAAAUAUUAUCAUUUGUG